AUGUCAAGGCAAAAAGUAGUGGGUCUGAAAAUACUGCAUGGCGUUUGCAAUUAUUGCACCAAGAGGCGUUGUGGACAAAUCCCUGGCAAGACCCGCGUACUUGUGACUAGGAACUACUCAACAGAACCACCUUGGAGGGUCCUUUUCUUUGGGACGGAUGAUUUUGCUGUAGAAUCCCUCAAGCUGCUCUCUGCAUCUAGGGAGUCCAAUGACCGUGUUGUGGAGUCACUUGAGGUUGUCACACUAUCCAAUGACGUCCCUGUGAAGAAGUUUGCUGAUCAAAACAAACUGCCCGUUCAUGUCUGGCCUCUCAGGGAUCUUCAAGGGCGGUUCGAUGUCGGGGUGGUGGUGUCAUUUGGCUGCUUGCUUCGGGAAGGACUUAUCAACCAGUUUCCAUGUGGGAUCCUGAAUGUCCACCCCAGCCUUCUCCCCAGAUGGCGCGGCCCCGCCCCAGUGUUCCACACCAUCCUACACGGAGACACUGUCACCGGGGUCACCGUCAUGCAGAUACGACCAAAGAGGUUUGAUGUGGGUCCCAUUCUUCACCAGGAGAUCUACCAGGUCCCAGACAACUUCACAGCUGACCAGCUAGGAGCUACUCUGGCCACCAAGGGAGCCCAGCUUUUGAUUGACACAUUAAGGACCCUUCCAGAGAGAAUCACAAACCGAAGAGAGCAAGCUAAAGAUGGUGCCACGUUAGCCCCUAAAAUCAGCACAUCAAUGAGCUGGAUCAUAUGGGAGGAACAAACCUGUGUCCAGAUCGACUGCCUGUUUCGUGCCAUCGCAUCCCGGAUCCCAUUGAGAACCAUUUGGAUGGGCAAGACCAUAAAGCUGCUGGACUUUGCUGGCAAAUGCAACAUUUCACUAUCAGGUCGAGGGUGGAUACCUGUGCCAGGAUCUAUGAGUUAUCAGAAAGAGUCCAACACCUUGGCUGUCUGUUGUAGGGAUGGCUGGGUGGGAUUCAAGGCGGUGAUGCUGAAGAAGAGACUGUCAGCAGCAGACUUCUACAACGGAUAUCUCCAUCAGAGCUUCCAGAACAGAUCUGGCCCUCCCAAGCAGGAGUGCCUGUUCCACAGUAACAGAGACAGAACUGAAUUACAUUCAGCUGGAGAGGAGAACUCAUUGACACAGCAACACACUGUGCAUUAAAACAUCAUGUGGUAAUUGAACACAAAACAACAACCUACUUGAAUGUUAUUAGAUUAGAUUUCCUAAAAGUAAAAUAAAAUAAAAAAGGAUCUAUACUUGUCUGUUUUAAGACAACAUAUUUAAGAGUACUUAAGACAAGGGUAGUGUUCAGCAGGGACACCGUAGCAAAACGGUUUGAAACAGAAACAAAACAUUUGCAUUUCAGUCCAGGUAGUACCCUCUGUUUCAAAAACAUUUUCUCCUGUUUUACGCCUACUGGAAACUAUUUCCUGAACCUACGGAACACAUGAUAUACAUGAAUGUAAUAAUAAUAAUAGUGAUAUAAUGGAGUGGCUGAUGUGCGUGAGUAGUUUGUGUUGUCCAAUGAAAAACCACCAAAAUAACAGUUGUAUUUGCAUAAAUAAACAUUUACAAAAGUGUA